UAGAAAAUAAUCGAGAAGAAGGGUUCUGCGUCCGAGAGAUAGAUCGAAACACUCGCACCUUAAACCCUAACGUCGCCGCCGGCAUUUCCAUCCUUCCUCUCUCCAGACUUCGUCACCGAUCCUCAAGCCAUGAAUUACCGAUUCCAAAACCUUCUCGGCGCCCCCUACAGAGGCGGAAACGCCGUCGUCACCCAAAACACCCAGCUCAUCUCCCCCGUCGGCAACCGCGUCUCCGUCACCGACCUCACCAAGCACCACACCGUCACCCUCGAGCUCAGCACCUCCACCAACAUAUGCCGCCUCGCCGCCUCCCCCGACGGCACUUUCCUGAUGGCCGUCGACGAGAACAGCCGGUGCCUCUUCAUCAACGUCCCUCGCCGCGCGGUGCUCCACCGGAUGACCUUCAAGGGGAAAGUCGGCGCCUUGAAGUUCAGCCCCGACGGCAGGUUCAUCGCCGUGGGGGUAGGUAAGCUGGUGGAGAUUUGGGAGUCGCCUGGGUUCAGCCGAGCGGCGUUCGCCUUUCAGAGGGUGAGGACUUUCGCUAGCUCUGAUGAUAAAGUUGUCUCCUUGGAGUGGAGCUUGGACUCUGAGUAUUUGCUUGUGGGGACUAAGGAUUUAGCGGCGAGGCUGUUUUGCGUUAGGAAGCUGAAGGGGGUCUUGAAUAAGCCUUAUUUGUUUCUGGGGCAUAGAGAUUCUGUUGUGGGUUGCUUCUUUGGUGUUGAUAAGAUGACUAAUAAGGUUAAUAGGGCGUUCACCGUUGCUAGGGAUGGUUACAUGUUUAGUUGGGGGUACAGUGGGAAGGAUGCUGAGGCAGAAGAGUCAUUGUCUCCUGAUACUCCAGAGAGGGCUAAUGAAAGUGACAUUGAUAUCAAAAAACGCAAAGAGUAUGAAGGUAGAGGUCGUGAGGAUGAGGAUGAAGAGGAAGAGUAUAUGCAUAGGGGGAAAUGGGUUUUGUUGAGGAAGGAUGGGUUUAAUCAGGGAUCAGCAAAGGUUACAGCUUGUGACUAUCACCAGGGGCUUGACAUGGUUGUGGUGGGGUUCUCUAAUGGUGUUUUCGGGCUUUAUCAGAUGCCGGAUUUCAUCUGUAUCCAUCUCUUGUCUAUCUCUAGGGAGAAGCUGACAACGGCUGUCUUUAAUCAGCGUGGUAAUUGGCUGACCUUUGGUUGCGCGAGACUUGGGCAGCUGUUAGUCUGGGAGUGGCGGUCUGAAAGCUAUAUACUGAAGCAGCAAGGACACUAUUUCGAUGUGAACUGUGUCACUUACUCAUCUGAUUCACAGUUCUUGGCUACUGGUGCUGAUGAUAACAAAGUCAAGGUGUGGAACGUUGCAUCAGGAUCAUGUUUCAUCACCUUCACAGAGCACACUAACGCAGUUACUGCUCUUCACUUUAUGGCUGACAACCACUCCCUCUUAAGUGCAUCUCUGGACGGCACUGUUCGUGCUUGGGAUUUUAGAAGAUACAAGAACUACAAAACGUAUACAACUCCUACGCCCCGGCAGUUUGUUUCCUUAACAGCAGACCCCAGUGGUGACGUCGUCUGUGCUGGUACACUAGAUUCGUUUGAGAUUUUUGUAUGGUCCAAGAAGACUGGGCAAAUAAAGGAUAUUCUGAAUGGGCAUGAGGCUCCCGUUCAUGGGUUAAUGUUUUCUCCCUUAACGCAAAUUCUAGCUUCAUCUUCAUGGGACAAUACGGUUCGGUUGUGGGACGUGUUUGCAAGCAAAGGCACAGUGGAGACGUUUCAACACAACCACGAUGUUCUCACAGUUACUUUCCGUCCUGAUGGCAAGCAGUUAGCCUCGUGUACGCUAGACGGGCAGAUCCAUUUCUGGGACACCGUUGAUGGUGUGUUGAUGUACACCAUAGAGGGGCGGCGAGAUAUUGCUGGAGGUCGCAACAUGACUGACCGUCGGUCUGCAGCUAAUUCAAGUUCUGGAAAGUGCUUUACAACAUUGUGCUAUUCCGCUGAUGGAAGCUAUAUUCUAGCCGCGGGAAAUAGCAGAUAUAUAUGCAUGUAUGACAUCUCGGAUCAGGUUCUGUUGCGUCGUUUUCAAAUAUCCCAUAAUCUCUCGUAUGAUGGGGUUCUUGACUUCCUGAACUCCAAGAAGAUGACAGAAGCAGGACCAAUGGAUCUAAUUGAAGAUGACAACAGCGAUGAAGAAGAUGGCAUUGACAAACAGUCUCGUGGGAAUUUGGGUUAUGAUCUGCCUGGAUCCAAGCCUAACCGUGGCAGGCCCAUUAUCCGGACCAAAAGCCUCAGCAUUGCCCCAACUGGGAGGAGCUUUGCAGCUGCAACAACGGAAGGAGUUCUCAUCUUUUCAGUCGACGAAUCCUUCAUCUUUGAUCCAACUGAUCUUGACAUAGAUGUGACACCAGAGGCGGUCGAGGAUGCGCUAAAGCAGGAUGAAGUGGUCAGAGCACUUGCUUUGAGUAUGCGUUUGAACGAAGACAGCUUCAUAAAGAAAUGUAUCUUUGCUGUAGCCCCUGCUGACAUAAAAGAGGUUGCAAUCUCUGUCCCUCAGAAAUACUUAGAAAGGCUUAUGGAAGCUUUGGUGGAUCUGCUUGAGAACUGUCCUCAUCUGGAGUUCUUACUUCACUGGUGUCAGGAGAUAUGCAAGGCACACGGAAGCUCUAUUCAGAGAAACUACAGAAACCUACUACCUUCACUGAAGUCACUGCAGAAGGCAAUCACCAGAGCCCACCAGGAUCUGGCAGAUAUGUGCUCUUCCAACGAGUACACGCUUCGCUACUUGUGUUCUGUACCAAACAAUCAUUGAGAUUAUGUUUUAUUAUGCAACCUCAUUAGAGGCAUCUGUAACUUGAAAUUUUCUUCUUCCUGUUGGGGAAAACAUUUUUGAUAUAUGAGUUUCGAUUGCAAUUACAAAAUGUAACUGAAAAUUUUCUCCCUUUUGGUGGAAACAUUUUUGAUCUAUGAGUUGUAACAAAA